AUGCUGCGCUUGGUUGGCCGUGCCGCGCGCUGCUGGGGGGCGAGGCAGGCACCAUCGGGGCCGGAGCGGGCACGCCGGGGGGCCCAGCACCCCAUGGCCCUGCAGAGGGCAUGCCUCUCCAGUGCUGCUGGAACAGGCGCCUGGCCCAAGGACGUGGGCAUCCUGGCACUGGAGGUGUACUUCCCCGCCCAGUAUGUGGAGCAGGAGGAGCUGGAGCGGUACGACGGUGUGGAGGCCGGCAAGUACACGCGGGGCUUGGGCCAGCAGCAGAUGGGCUUCUGCGCCGCCCAUGAGGACAUCAACUCCCUGUGCCUGACGGUGGUGCAGCGGCUGAAGGUGCGCGGUCGCCCCUCCUGGGGCGCCAUCGGCCGCCUGGAGGUGGGCACCGAGACCGUCAUCGACAAGUCCAAGGCCGUCAAGACCGUCCUCAUGCAGCUCUUCCGUGACUCAGGCAACACUGACGUGGAGGGCAUCGACACCACCAACGCCUGCUACGGGGGCACGGCCUCGCUCUUCAAUGCGGCUGCCUGGGUGGAGUCCAGUGCCUGGGACGGUCGCUACGCCGUGGUGGUGUGUGGGGACAUCGCUGUCUAUGCCACGGGGAACGCACGGCCCACGGGAGGUGCCGGUGCCAUCGCCAUGCUGGUGGGACCCAACGCCCCGCUGGUGCUGGAGAGAGGUCGGUGUCGUGAGACCCUGGGGAUGGUGAGCUGAUGAGUGCUGUCCCUGGGGGCCAUACAUUCAUGUCCCAGCCCUGGACAGAGCUGCUCAGCUCUGGCAGCACCCGCUCUGCCAGCCCCAGUGGCUGUGCAGUGCUGGGCACCCCGGGAUGCUGGCCAGCCACAUCCCUUUUCCCGCCGCAAGGCAGAGAGCCAGUGGCAGCAGGCUGGCAUCCAGCGGCCCUUCACCCUCGAUGAUUUCAAGUUCAUCAUCUUCCACACACCCUUCUGCAAGCUGGUGCAGAAGUCAGUGGGACGGUUGCUGCUGAACGACUUCUUGGCCACCCCCAUCCCCGACACGGCCGCUGGCCUCUACAAGGGGCUGCAGCCCUUCCGCGGCGUGAAGCUGGAGGACACCUACACCAGCAAGGAGGUGGAGAAGGCGUUCCAGGCAGCCAGCCAGGAGAUCUUCAACCAGAAGACUAAGCCCUCCCUGCUCCUCUCCUCCCGCAACGGCAACAUGUACACGCCGUCCAUGUACGGCUGCCUGGCCUCCCUCCUAGCACAGGGGGCCGGGAGGGGAGGGCAGCGUGGGGCUGCUGGGCCAGGGCCACUGGCAACGCCGUCUCACCCUGGGGGGUCCCCACCAUCAGGUUCACCCCUGGAUAAGCUGGUCUCCAGUCUGGCUGACCUGCCAGCUCGCCUGGAUGCCCGCAAGCGCGUGGCCCCACAGGAUUUCGCCGAGAUCAUGAAGCGGCGGGAGGAGACCCAUCACUUGGCCAACCACGCUCCCCACGGCUCCCAGGAGGACCUCUUCCCCGGCACAUGGUACCUGACGCGAGUGGAUGACAAGUACCGCCGGGAAUAUGCCAGGAAGCCCAUCUAG